UACGUAUGUGGUUUUAUUAUAUUAUUUAUCCCGAGAGCCGAAGGAAGAACUCUGACGCCAUUCGCGCCUUUCGCGCUUCCACGGCGCUGCUAGUCACGUGGCCCGCCGACGGCCGGGGCGGCGCACGCGCUCGCUCGCUCGCUCGUUUUCGGCUUCCGUGGGGCGCGCGGGUCGUGCGCGCGCAGGCGUUACGACAGUGCUGGAAGUGCCGCAAACGUGUCAGCUGAGCGCUAGGAAGACGGCAGCGGCGGCGGCGCUCGAGCCCGGACUCGAACUGGAAAGACGGGCCUGGCGCCCGCCGUGUCGCGCGCUCGCCCAACUUAGCACGCACGCGGAGGGAAAGGGAAUUACCGACGCGCCUUCUUCUCCGCUGCUUGCUUGCGCACAGUUUGUGUAUUCUUAUAUCCGUCCAGAAUCCUGCUACGUGGGAGUGGGGGAAGCCGCCCGCCUGCGCUCCUUCGCUCGCUGUGUGUGGAGGGACACUGCGAUGUGUGCACGCGAGUGGCACGCGACGCGCUCCCUUGGCCCGCGCUUCAGCCUCUCUCUCACCGUUUGUGCGCCGGGAAACGAUCGUCUGGAACUACUAGAACGCGCCUCCGGGUUCAGGGUCUACUACUACGUACUAGCAGCAGCUGGAAUUAUCUUCUGUCGCUUCUAAUCCCGGAUCCCGACAUCGGCGUCAUCAUUCAUCAUCAUCAUCAUCUCUCGGCGCGUGCCCGCGGAGGAAGUGGGAUGUGGCCAGGCUGCAGCUGCACAUGAUGUGAACCCUUAUAUUUGUGAACCUCUGGCUCAUCCGUGUGCACGCGGCGCGCUGCACGAGCCCAGCAUGUGAACCCCCCUCCAGAUGUGUGCGCUUCUCCCCCCCUCCCCCCCCUUUUCCUUUUCUUCUCUAACGUGUGCAGCUGUGUUUGUUUGUUUGUUUGUUUGUUUGGAAUAACCAUCAAGUCUAAAGUCAAUGGUUAAGAUGUCAAGUGAGCACCAGGUCAUGGACUCAUCUCUGUCAUCCCUGGGAAGACUGAGCCAGCAGGACGGGGGUCUCUGCGGAGCGGGGCUGGAGAAGAAGCUCCAGGUGGGGCUGGAGAAACACCUCAAUGGUUGCGUGCCGCUCUCCCAUCAGGUGGCCGGGCACAAGUUCGGAGUCGACAAAGUAGGUAUUCUGCAGCACCCGGACGGCACCGUUCUGAAGCAGCUCCAGCCCCCUCCUCGAGGCCCAAGGGAAAUGCACUUCUACAAGAAGGUGUAUACCGCAGACUCUGGCGAUCCAUCCCUGCUGAACCUUCAGCAUUACCUCCCCAAAUACUACGGCACUUGGUCCUCACCUGAUGCUCCGACAGAUCUCUACCUGAAGCUGGAGGACGUGACGCGCAAGUUCAGCAAGCCGUGCAUCAUGGACGUGAAGAUCGGGCAGAGGAGCUACGACCCGUUCGCCUCCCAGGAGAAGCGGGAGCAACAGAUCAAGAAGUACCCUCUGAUGGAGGAGAUAGGAUUCCUCGUUCUGGGCAUGAGGGUGUACCAGGUGAACUCCGACACCUACGACACCUACGACCAGCACUAUGGGCGAGGGCUGGUGAAGGAAACCAUCCGAGAAGGCGUAGCCAAGUUCUUUGACAACGGAGAGAGCCUGAGGAAGGAUGCUGUGGUGGCCAGUAUGCAGAAGGUCCAGAAGAUCCUUCAGUGGUUUGAAGGACAGAGCCAGCUCCAUUUCUACGCAAGCUCCUUGCUGUUUGUGUACGAGGGCUUCCCUCGGCACGGCGCCCCACAGCCGCCCGGCGACGUCCCACCGGGGGGGACGACAAUGAUGAUGACGAUGGCAACGGCAGGCGGCGAUGCCGGUGAUCUGAAGGAGAGGGUCCUGGAGUGCAACAACAACAUGUGCCAGGUGGGCCUGCGUGAGAACGGCCACCUGGCCGCCGCCCUCGGCCAAAGCCUCUCCAACAUGUAUGCCCUGCACAGUAGAGGGUGUCCCCUGGAGCACCACGUCGAGGACCCCCAGUGGAAGUGCCCCGCUCGGGCAGCGCUGGAGCAAUCCAAUGGCAACGGCGCCAAAACCCAGCAGGACACGGCUGACGGGACGCGGGGGAGCGUCGACGUCGAGGUCCGCAUGAUCGACUUCGCGCACGUCUUCCCCAGCAACACCCGCGACGAGGGCUAUAUCUACGGUCUCAAGAACCUGCUGUCGGUGCUGCAGCAAAUCGUGGACCAAUAUGGGCUAAAGACGGAAACCAUUUAACCAGGAGCGUGUCUGUUUGAGGAAGGCCUCUGAAAACAGCCGUGUGUGGCGACCGGUCGUGGACUCGUCCCUGUGCCGCACCUGGUACUUAAUCCACCUUGCUGGACCGAUGAGGUAAAAAGUUACCCAGCUGUAUAAGUGGGCGAGUCGAAAGUAACGGAAUUUUGGAGGUCACUUCG